UAUUUUUAGUCAUUCUCCGUAUUUGGCUUACGUCGAGUGCAUUAUCGUCAAAAAUUUCAAAUAAAACAACGGAGAAACCUCCGGAAACCCAUCCCAAACUCGCUCGAGUGGCCACACAGCAACUUCCAGCUUGCCCGGUGUGACGUGCGCGAGAAGAAACCCUUCGUGUUCAACAAACAACUUUAAUUACCUCAACCCAGUCGUGCGUCGUUUCGUUGCAACAGCAAAAAUGCCUGGUCUGACGCUGAAGCUGAAAACGAAAACCGGCCAGCAGCACAUCGUCUCGAACCUGGACAAGGAUGGCACGACGGUGGGCGCGCUCAAGCAGAAGAUCACCGAGCUGACGGCGAUUCCGGGCGCGGGGCUGCACGCCGUGCUCGGCUUUCCGCCCUUCAAGCAGCUGGACUUUAGCCGGGACGAGGCGCCGAUCGCGUCGAUCGGGAUCUCCAACGGGGACACACUGAUCGUGGAGGAGAAGCAGCUCAGCCAGGCGGAACGGGACCAGCUGGAGGCGGCGAAGCGGCUCGAGCAGGACGAGAAGCUCGCGAAGGAGCUGGCGGCCCAGGAGGGGGGUGACUUGGGAGUGGGGGCUGGCUUCGGGGGGAUUCUGCUCAAGCAGGUCGUCCCCAGCGACAAUUCGUGCCUGUUUACGAGCAUCGGAUUCGUUCUCACCGGGAAGGUAGAUCCGGAGAGUAGUCAGUACAUGAGGCAGAUUAUUGCGGCCACGGUCAACGGGAACAAGCAAGAGUACAACGAGGGCAUUCUGGGCAGGCCGAACGACGAGUACUGUGCGUGGAUUCUGCAGCCGGAAUCGUGGGGCGGUGCGAUUGAGGUAUCGAUCCUGUCCGCGUACCACGGCAUCGAAUUCGACGUGGUGGACAUUACGAACGCCAUCAUCAACCGGUUCGGGGAGGACAGAAACUACGGCAUGAGGGCGUUCCUGCUGUUUGACGGAAUUCACUACGAUCCGCUGUACCUGGAGUCCACGUCGGGCGAACCUCCCAAGACGAUCUUCCCGAUCGAGGAUAACGCGGUGUACGUGCAGGCGGAGCAGCUCGCCCAGGAGGCGAAAUCGUCGCGCCAGUUUACCGACGUGAACAAGUUCACCCUCAAGUGCAACAACUGCGGCAUCUUCCUCAAGGGGCAGGUCGAGGCGCAGCAGCACGCGAAAGAAACGACCCACGUCAACUUUGGCGAGGUUUGAUGCAGCAGCAGCAAUUUGUGUCUUAAAAUCAGCUGUCGAGGGAGUUUUAUUAUGUAGUUUUUUUUUGUUUUUUGAAAAUAGGAGAGAUGAGAGGAGAGAGUGUGUUGGGGCCGAGUGUGGGCGAGCAUUCUAGGAUUUAAAGCGCGAAAAGGCAGUCAAAUUUUCGAGUGGUUUGCUAAAUUGUGGUGGCUUUCUUGCGUUAGGCUUUCAAUUUAUGUUAGCGUUUCUAUUUGCGAUCAAUUCUUGCAUGAGAGAUUAAAUUCUACCUAAUCAGAAGAGAGAAGAAAAGCUACCGUACUGUUAAACUGUAGUUCUUUCCCUAAUUAAAUAAAUCUUUAAACUGAGCCGUGCA